AUGACCAUUGCUGUAACUGGGAGUGCAAUCAACGGUGGGAGAACCAAUGAGACCUCCAAACUCUAUACCACCGGAUUCGGAUGCACUAGACUCAAGGACGAUGUCAGGACCACUAAGAUGCCAACUGCUCGCAUCGACAUCAACGGUAGAUCCGUUGAUGGACUGACUGCCGUUCGUCAGAUGAUCCAGGACAAAAUGAAGAUGAUUCAAGAGAUCCAGCACUCAGUAGAGCUGAGAAAGAAAAACACAGAGAAAGAUAAAUCCUCCAGUGAAAAGAUUUUCAAAGUUCUGAUCUUCUACAUUGAGAAAUGUCAGUCUGAUCGGAUGGAGAUGAUAGAUGAACAGCAGAAAGCAGCAGAGAAACAGACUGAAGAUCUCAUUAAAGAGCUGCAGCAGGAAAUCACUGAGCUGGAGCAGCUCUCACACACUGACGAUCAUCUCCAUCUCAUACAGAUGAGCUCAUCCCUGGACAGUCGUCCCCACACCAAGAACUGGACUGAGAUCAGGAUUGACUCUGGUGUGAACUCUAUGUAUAGAGCUCUUGCUCAACUGAAGAAAACUCUAGAUACAAUACUGGAAAAACACAAUCCAACUGGGUUGAAGUCUGUACAGAAGUAUGCAGUGGAUGUGACUCUGGAUCCUGAUACAGCGAAUCCAUAUCUCAACCUGUCUGAUGAUCGAAAACAAGUCAGUUGUGGAGACAUUGAGCAGGACGUCCCAAAAAACCCAAAGAGAUUUGAUGUGGUUUGUUGUGUUCUGGCAAAGGAGGGAUUCAGUUCAGGGAGAUUUUACUAUGAGGUGCAGGUGACGGCAAAUACUGAUUGGACUUUAGGAGUGAUCAGAGAAUCCAUUAACAGGCAGGAGGACAUCACACUGAGUCCUGAGAAUGGAGUCUCGACUGUAAUUUUGAGGAAUGAAAAUGAAUAUUUAGCUUGUGAUUAUCCACCUGUCUCUUUAUCUCUGAGAGUGAAACCUGAGAAGGUUGGUGUGUUUGUGGAUUAUGAGGAGGGUCUGGUCUCUUUUUAUGACGUGGAGUCCAGAUCUCAUAUCUACUCUUUCACUGCUCAGACUUUCACUGAGAAACUCUAUCCAGUGUUUAACCCAUGUCCCAAUUGUAAAGGUAAAAAAUCAAACCCACUGAUCAUCACUCCUGUCAGUUUAAAUUAA